UUGUUUUAGGGUGGGGGGGGAUGGUUGUACAUUUAUUUCACCUACGAGACGUAAUUAAGACGAGGCGUUAAAUGUGUUCCACUUUACCGACAUUACAUCGACCAAAACUGUUUCCUUGCAAAACUUAACAACUGCACUUAUAUACAUUUUUAAAGACUGUUAUGUUUCAUAUUCCUUAACUGAUGUCGAAAGAUAAUUAAGAAAUAUACAUUCUACGCAUUUAAUUUCAUUAUGUUAGAUGGUCCAUUGGAUUUAUCCAAGUCAUUGAUGGAACCUGCCAAGCCACAACUAUUUGUAGCCAGUGCUGGUGGAACAAGUAACAGGGUACGCCUCUCUCAAAAGUCCUUACUGCCAUGUGAAGUUUGUGGCAAAGUGUUUGACCGGCCGUCUUUACUGAAGAGACACAUGAGAACCCACACAGGUGAGAAGCCUCAUAUCUGUGAAGUGUGCAACAAGGGUUUCUCAACAUCUAGCUCACUCAACACACAUCGACGCAUUCACAGUGGGGACAAACCACACCAAUGCCUAGUGUGUGGCAAACGCUUCACAGCCAGCUCCAACCUCUAUUACCAUCGUAUGACACACACGAAGGUAACAGACCAACAUACCAAAGAGUUUGUGUAUGUCAUUCCAUGUCAACUCAUCUCUGACUAA